CAAGUGAUCUGCCCAUCUUGCCCUCCCAAAGUGCUGGGUUUAUAGGCGUGAGCCACCGCACCCAGCCUAUCCCUUUUUCUGUUGUUGGACACUUGAAGUGUUUCCACCUUUCUGUUAUUGUGAAUAAUACUGCAUGAACAUUUGCAUAAAAGUACCUCCUUGAGUCCCUGUUUUCAGUUUUUUGGGUAGAUACCUAGGAAUGGAAUUGCUGGUCAUAUGGUAAUUCUGUACUUGGCUUUUUGAGGAACUGCCAGACUCUUUCCCACAGCAGUUGUCCCGUUUUACGUUCCCAAUAGCAAUGCACAAGGAUUCCAAUUUCUUCACAUCCUUGACACACUUGUUAUUUUCCUUUCUUAAAAAACUAUAGCCAUCUUAGUCAGUGUGAAGCCAUGUCUCACUGGUUUUGAUUUGCAUUUCUCUAUAGACUAAUGAUGUUGAACAUCUUUUCAUAUACUUGUUGAUGUAUCUUUUGUGUAUUUUCUUUGGAGAAACGUCUAUUCAAGUCCUUUACCCAGCAAGUUGGAUUUUGCCUCUGUAAUUACUGGACUGUGCCUCUCUCUCCCCCCAAGAUAGGAAUUGAGCCUCAUCAGGAGGAGAGAGGCUGUGAGCUUGCAGAGAGUGGGAGGUGGCUGUGCAGAUUUGAGGCUUCACAUUCCCUCUUGCAUGAUUCAUUUCAUUCCUACAGCCUGUCUGGUACCCACUGUAAUGAUGCUGCCUGAGUUCUCAUCAAGUAGAAAAAGAAAUCAGCAAGAGCCUGGGAUUAACCCAAAGUGAUUUAGCAGAAGAGGCAGAUGGAACCAUUCCACCUGCUCCCCUAGAAGCAGACAGGCUCUUCUCAGGCACCUCAAACCUUCUGGUUUCCUUGACCACAAGUAUUGCCUUGGAAAAUUACCCAUUUCUUCCUAGCAGGUUUCAGGACGUAUGUACUAAAUGGAGCAGGAUAUGCAGAGCACCGAGGGUGGUGCUGGGUCGCUGCGGGUGCCCAGUGCCCGGCCUUCGUCUCUGCGGUGGGAGCACACAAUCCUCACUCAGCUUCUCUGUGCGCUGCCAGCCCUAGGCAGCAGGCAGGGAGGGUACAGUAGCGCUUUCCAAUGCUGGCCAGGGAGAGUGUGUUUUCUCCCGGGGGGGGCCCAUUCCUGGGGCAGAGCCACUGGCCUCUGGGAAGACUUCAGAAAAAUGCUAGGCCUGAAUGAUGGUGAGUGCAGGGGACAGACAAAAUGGUGUUCCUGCUGCAUAGCUGCUGGCCCUUCCCCUGUUUGACCUCGUGGCUGUUGCAUCCCAUCUGCAGGGGCUAGAAAUGCUGAUCUGUCUGCCUUUUUGCUGUGGUUUUUAUGAUUGAAAAAGGUCCCAAACCUUCGGUAUCACUGAAGAGAGAUGAAUUCACAUGCCCUGGCAGGGGGAGGGAGGGAGGAGCUGGUGCAUCUACUAGGCAAGGACGCUCUUUCUGAAGCUUCAUCACAUCCAACGUUCCUAGGAUAGGGGUUGCUCUUCCUUGGGAGGGAGGUACCCCUCACCCCUUUGGGAACCCGAGGGCUGUAGAUACUCUUCCAAGAAAAUGCACACAAAAAUUUGACAUAAUUUCAGGUGGCUACAGGUCCUGUGAGUCCAUCAUGCAGCCUAGCCUCUGGCCCCACAGACAACACAGCCAGGAGCUGGGGCUUUCGGGCACUGACCAGCAUCUCCAACUACGCUGGGCUGAGUGGCACAGAGUGAGAGGCCUGGUGGCGACUGGGAGGAAAGGAACAUCUCAUUUGGUCAAGUUCUAAAUAUCAAAUGCAAGGGGGUGCUGGAACAGAUGAUCCUGCCUUUCUGGCUGGGACUGGGCCUUGCCCAUUUCGUGAGCUGGCUUUGCAGAGGCUGCAGUACCUGGAGGAGUAAGGCCAUGCAGCCCUCAUUUCUUCCCCCUGGGUCAGCCCAUGCCACUUAUAAGGAGGCGAUUCUGUUUUUCCUUUCAGAAACGGCUCCCACAUCUGCAUAUUCAUCUCCAGCCCGGAGUCUUGGGGACACAGGAAUAACGCCUCUGUCCCCCUCCCAUAUUGUGAACGACACUGACUCCAACGUCUCAGAACAGCAGGCAUUUCUUGUGGUGGUGGCCAUCGACUUUGGGACCACAUCCAGUGGCUAUGCCUACAGCUUCACCAAGGAGCCGGAAUGCAUCCAUGUGAUGAGGCGAUGGGAGGGAGGUGAUCCUGGUGUGUCCAAUCAGAAGACGCCAACCACCAUCUUGCUGACUCCCGAGAGGAAGUUCCACAGCUUCGGGUAUGCCGCCAGGGACUUUUACCACGACCUGGAUCCCAAUGAGGCCAAGCAGUGGCUGUACCUGGAGAAGUUCAAGAUGAAACUGCACACCACUGGGGACCUCACCAUGGAUACAGACCUGACGGCAGCAAAUGGCAAGAAAGUCAAAGCCCUCGAAAUCUUUGCUUAUGCCCUGCAGUACUUUAAGGAGCAGGCGCUGAAGGAGCUAAGUGACCAGGCGGGUUCGGAGUUCGAGAACUCUGAUGUCAGAUGGGUCAUCACGGUGCCUGCCAUCUGGAAGCAGCCGGCCAAGCAGUUCAUGAGACAAGCUGCCUACCAGGCAGGCCUGGUCUCGCCUGAGAACUCGGAGCAGCUCAUCAUUGCCUUGGAGCCUGAGGCGGCCUCUAUCUACUGCCGAAAGCUGCGGCUACACCAGAUGAUUGAGCUGAGCAGCAAGGCAGCCGUCAAUGGGUACAGCGGCAGUGACACAGUAGGAGCUGGGUUUACACAGGCUAAGGAACACAUACGGCGUAAUCGGCAGAGUCGGACCUUUUUGGUGGAGAAUGUCAUAGGAGAAAUCUGGUCCGAGCUGGAGGAAGGUGACAAGUAUGUGGUUGUGGACAGUGGCGGUGGCACCGUAGACCUGACAGUCCAUCAGAUCCGGCUACCGGAGGGACACCUUAAGGAACUGUAUAAAGCAACAGGCGGACCCUAUGGAUCCUUAGGAGUAGAUUAUGAAUUCGAAAAACUUCUGUAUAAAAUAUUUGGAGAGGAUUUUAUUGAACAAUUCAAAAUCAAACGCCCUGCAGCAUGGGUUGACUUAAUGAUUGCGUUUGAGUCUCGCAAAAGGGCAGCCGCCCCAGACAGAACUAACCCGCUGAACAUCACCCUGCCCUUCUCCUUCAUUGACUACUACAAGAAGUUCCGCGGGCACAGUGUGGAGCACGCCUUGCGGAAAAGCAAUGUGGAUUUUGUGAAGUGGUCCUCGCAGGGGAUGCUGCGGAUGAGUCCAGAUGCCAUGAAUGCCCUUUUUAAGCCGACCAUCGACAGCAUCAUUGAGCAUCUCCGGGACCUGUUUCAGAAGCCCGAGGUGUCCACCGUCAAGUUCCUCUUUCUGGUGGGCGGCUUUGCCGAGGCGCCCCUCCUGCAGCAGGCAGUGCAGGCUGCCUUCGGGGACCAGUGCCGGAUCAUCAUUCCCCAGGACGUGGGCCUCACCAUCCUCAAGGGCGCCGUCCUCUUUGGUCUGGACCCUGCGGUCAUCAAGGUUCGCCGGUCGCCGCUCACCUAUGGGGUGGGCGUGUUGAACCGCUACGUGGAGGGCAAGCACCCGCCUGAGAAGCUGCUGGUGAAGGAUGGCACUCGGUGGUGCACCGACGUCUUCGACAAGUUCAUCUCUGCCGACCAGUCUGUGGCCCUGGGUGAGCUGGUCAAGCGUAGCUAUACCCCGGCCAAGCCCUCCCAGCUGGUCAUUGUCAUCAACAUCUACAGCUCUGAGCAUGACAACGUCAGCUUCAUCACUGAUCCCGGGGUGAAGAAGUGUGGCACACUUCGCCUGGAUCUCACGGGGACCAGUGGCACCGCAGUGCCCGCCCGGAGGGAGAUCCAGACCCUUAUGCAGUUUGGGGACACCGAGAUCAAAGCCACAGCCAUUGAUAUAGCCACUUCGAAGAGUGUCAAAGUUGGGAUCGACUUCUUAAAUUACUAACCCUUCCGCCCCGCUGCCUGCCCCCUGGGACUCAACUUAUCUGCAUCUGCUGACCUCAGCCUUGACUGUUCUUUCCCUAACCUUGACCCUCGCCAUUGCCCAUGUGAAUUUCAGCAGGGAAGAUGAGAACAAUCAGGGCUGGAAAUAAUUAGUGACUUUUGAGGGCACACUGAAGUCAGAAAAACAGAAAUUAAGAUUAAGGUUUAGGCAUAGAAAAUUAAAGGAUCCUGGAGGAGCAGCUAGUUUCAUAGGUACAAAAGUGGUGAAACGGCCACGGAGAAGGGAAUCAGUACAUUGCUGCAGCAGUGGUUGCGCUGCUUUGAACAGAUCUCCGUUAAGUAGAAUUUAGGAUGCCCUAUUGCUGUCUUUCUAGAUUUAAAAUGAGAUCUUUGAACCAGGAGGAGAUCUUCAUCUGAGACUUUUUAAAUUUUUUGGAUGGCAGUCAAUAUAAAAUGCCACCCAUCUGCAGUUAAUUUCUUUUCAUCAUCAUGUGAUUAAAAGUGGUGAAUCAGUGGGAACUGGGAAUGUUUUUAGCUGGUGGUAGAAGGCUGCCUACACUGGGCACUGUUUUAGGUUCUCAUAUAAUUUAAAUAGCAAGGAGGUUCGGGGAAGAAUAACCGUAGCCUUGGGUAAUCCACCAGGGCUUUUGCGAGUAGGAGAGCUGAUACCUCACAUUCUUAGCAGGUGAAAACUUGCCAUGAUGGAAAUAGAUAGUAAAGAGUUACUGACGUAUCCCAAAUUCUAUGCUGAUAUAAAUUCCCAGCAUGCCCAGCCCUGAUUUCUGAGUUCAUAAGUAAUUCUAGUGAACCUUAGUAGGAAUUCUGGGUAAGAAAAUGAGGUUGCCAUUGGUCUUGUUUGCAUCACCAAGCCCAGGCAUCCAGAAGAGCCCCUCACCUUGAAAAGCAGACAGAUUUUAAAUUAACCCCCGCCUUCCCACUCGCCUUCAUCUCCCUAAGAGUUCUGGCCAUUUAGUCCCACAUUUGGAAAGGAAUACAUGGGUGAAAUUUGGGAAGAGAAUCUGUGCUAUGCAAUGUUUCAUUAAAAUCUUCAGUUUUUCAAGUCUCUCUCAAAAUAAUUUGUAGAUCUAUACUUGAUGGAUUAAGUCAGUUUUGGUUUUUUUUUCACAGCAGGCCUGUGGCUUGCCUGCAUCAGAAUUGCCUGGGUGCGUGUUCAAAACAGGUUCCUGGAUCUGGGCCCUUUUUAACUGAGGCCAACUGCAUCAGAAUCUGCAUUUGUAGCGUAGACUGCAUCAUGGUUCAACUGAAAUUCUAGAAAUACUAACUUGAGAUUUCGUUAAAGUUCACACACCACAGCCUGCACUCUGCAGGUGUUCCCUUUGGGCUCCCUUAGGAAGAGUGCUUACACGUGAAGGUGACCCCAUACCUUGCUCUCUUGGUCAAUGGGAUUGGGCCUCCACCUGGCUUGGAGACGAGAUGGCACUUUUAACCCUCACAGGAAGGGCCAGGGGAGGGAAAAAAUUGCAAGAAAGGGACACCAAGAACAGAGCUGACUGAGGAACCAACUGGAGGGUCUUCACUCUCUCCUUCCCCACUGUACAAAACCAGUUUUCUGCAAUAUUCAGGAGCCAAAUGAGGAAAAAGAAUCAAGAAUCUGACUCACAGCCCAUCUGAUCUGUUCAAAGCUGUUUUUUCCACCUGCUGAAAUUCAUUAAAUCACUGGAGGCAUGCAUAAUGAAUGGAGAAUGAGCGAACUUCCAAUGCAACUUGGAUUCACAAACCCAUUAUCAUAGCCAAUAUGCAGAUUUUAAAAGCAUUUCACAUUCCAUUUGACCAUGUCUUCUUUUUCACAUCGCCUGCUGCAGAAUUCCCUACUAGAAUGUGAAACACGAACAAACCACAGAACUAGAGAGUGCUGGUUAGUCACAUAACUUAGUAGCGGGAUUGUGUAUCCAGGCACAAAGGUGUCUUUGCUAGUGUUCUCUUGCUCCCUGCCCUGCUUCAAACGCUAAAUGGUAUGGGUCUUUCUUCGUUGCCAGCCAUAUUCUACAAAUAAGACUUUUCAAUGUAGUUAUGAGUAAUAUAAUUUUAUGUACAUAUAAUGUUAGAAUAUUGUACAGAAUCUUUGUUUCUAUGAUGCGCUUUUCUUGUUUCAAAAAGGAAAAUGAUCCUUGAUUUUUGUUGAUGAUACUUUUGUUACUGUCCUUAAUUUUCCACAGUUUGAUUUCUUAAUUGUGCUCACUAAGCAUCAGUUAGUGCUGAUGCCAAGCUAUGGACUAUGUACGCAAGACUGAGCAAUAGACAGAGGUGCCUAGGGUCAGAACACCCUGAACACACAUGGACCGCCUGGAUCAGGAGCCUCAUCAGACCCUUCUCCAUGCACAUCCUUCCCAAAGAGUCACAGAUUCUAUUGAAAGGAGCAGAUUCUAUCAAUUCUCCUGUGCAGACUUUAAGAGCUGAAUGUUCUUGGUCUGGAAGCAAUGUGACUGCGCAGAACAACCUAAGAAACACUUGCGUCCUCAGGGGUCGUUGACCUCUCCUUCCAGGACAGAGCAGUCACUCUGAGGGCAAAGCGUGGUCCACUGUGUGUGACGUUUUCAGGAUGCUAGGGUCAAAGAAAGAAACCAAGUGGUACAUAAGCCCAGCUUUUCUGCUUGGCUAAGUGUAAGUGUGAGUAACAUGGCCAAGCCCCUCUUUUUUGGGCUAAUGUAAAGCUUUUCCCGCCUUGCAUUAACGCUAUCUCCCUGUGUACUGUUUCUCUUAAAUGAGCAGAUAGAAAUCUGCAGUGUUGGCAGACAGGUGAUGGAGAGGAUGAUAAUUUUAUCUUUUGGCCACAGAGUUGCAGCCCCAGUUGUCAAAGUCCUUAAACAAAACCCCCAAAUCCAUCCCUCCUUCCCUACCCCCUCUGGAAUAUUCUAGAAUAAGAGCACUGGAUAAGUACACUUGGACACAUUUUUCUAAUCUUAGAAAGCAUCUACAAGGCCUGUUGUCUUGACCCAUUACUCAAUUGUCCCCGACAUAUUAUCUGAUAUUCACCUUUCUAGGAAGCAGAAUCAUCAAAGCUUUCCCUUGUAACUGCCCUUUCCGAACACAGCAGGCAUGAAUAAAUGCUGAAUAACAGGUUACAGACAGGAGGGGAAACAGGAGGAACCAUACAACUGUUUUUGCAAAAUGAUGGCUGAGUCCAGAUUAUAGAGGCUGCCUUACCCUUAGAAUGUUAUUUAGACCAAGUUUAGCUUUUAGAGUCCAGGUCUGGUUAAUUGCCAGGGUAGCAAAGAAUCGCAUGCACCAAUGUAAACAGGAGUCAAAACGCAUUAUUAGUCAAAGAUCGAAUUUCACAUUGUAGAAAUGUAUAGCUGUGAUUAAGCUGCAUAUGUAUGCUGGGAAAUGGCUUAAGUGGAUGGCUAGUAUAAAAGUUGUUGGCCAUAACGUCACACCUCUCAUCUGCUUGAAAUAUGGACCACUAUUCUAAAAUAUCAGCUACUGGGGUCUCGUUCACUACAAGAUAAAUUCAAACUUCACAGAACUUUGCAGCAGUUCGCCACCAGACAGGAUUGUGUCUGCAAACUCUUGUCUUCACAGAUGCCUAAUAAAGCAAAACUCUGAAUCUCA